UUUGAGCUUUUACAAGCAAUCGAUUGUCGCACGUAUCGUUUUUAAAGGCGAAUGCGUACUUGCGUACCAGUUAUGUCCCAUCGCUGGAUAUAUUGUUCCCAAACGCUGCAACCACGACACUUAAAUUGUCAUACAUUUACUGAAACAUUUUAGAAAAAGAAGCGGAGCAUUCGGGAUUUCCGCCCUGUAAGUUCAGCCCGGACCCGCCCGUUCAUUAUUUCCGAUUCCGCGAAAUGAUUACGGACCGGAAAAUGCUGGGGGGGGGGGACAUGCUACGCAUAUAAGCAGCUGCCAGAUCGAUGUCCGAAAAUGUUACCACGACUCCCUGUUGAUGACGCUCGGGCGGACGGCUUGAAGCCGCGCUGGGCGCGCCGUGACUGGGCGCACCGCCUGCUGACCGCCGCUCUUCUAUGGUUCUUCGCGGGAUCCGUGAGAGCAAGUUGCCCUAGACCUGAAUCCAGUGCAGAUAUGGUCUUGGCUGGGGAAGCCCUUCUAAGGCUUCAUAAGAAUGAUUUCCCUGAGGGGUCAACUGCUACCUUUCAGUGCAGUGUUGGUUAUGUGCGGGAUAGUGGCCAGCCAGACAUCUCCUGCAUCGGAGGAAAAUGGACCGAAGUAACCCUGAAAUGCAAAAAAAAAUCCUGUGGUUCGCCUGGGGAGGUGCAGAAUGGGAGAUUUGAUUUUACUAAUGGGAUUGAAUUUGGUGCCGUAGUCAAAGCAUUUUGUAAUGAAGGCUACGUGAUUGUAGGUCAGGAUUAUAGACAGUGUCUUGAUAAAGGCUGGACUGGAAGAAUUCCUACAUGUGAAGUGGUACAGUGUGAAGAGCCUCCUGAAGUCCCGAAUGGAAAGAUUGUAUCAGGACACUCCAGUGAAUUCCCACAGUAUCGGGAUACCAUUCAAUACGAAUGCAAUGCUGGCUACACGCUUGUUGGGAAAAUGCAUAUAAUGUGUAAUGCAACUGGGGAAUAUGAACCACAAGCUCCGGCAUGCAGCAAAGAUACUGAUAGAGGGAUUGUAUUGGACCCUAGAGAAAGAACACCGUCUGUCACAGUUGAUGAAGAUGAAGAGACCACAUCUGCUGUGACAGAAGUGGACAAUGCUGGUAGAUCCACUGAGUUGCCAGCAAAGGAGCUGUAUAAGGUCCAUCUUCAAAAACAAAUAAGAAAAAGUGAGAUGGAGAUGGACCUUAUACAGCUUCAAAUGGAAGAGAAAAGGCUAUCCAUUAAAAAAGCAAAACUAGAAAUUGAAUUAUUGGAGCAUCGCCUUAAGGUUGAUGGAGCCCGGCCACCUUAUAAAUUACACAAUUUUGUCACAUUUGCGUGCAACAAUGGCUAUAAAAUGGACGGCGGGGCAGAAAUGACAUGUACAGUAGAUGGCUGGUCACACUGGCCAACCUGUAAGCCAGGCAACAGCAAUUCUGCUGUUAUCGGUCUCGUUAUUGGUGUUGCUGUUCUUGCUGUUCUGACUGCCAUAGGAGGAUGUGUGUUAUAUGGAAUACACAAAAAGAAAACUGGUGAUUACCACACCAGAGAGGAAGAGCUGCAGGUUAUGGACAUAUCUUAGGGUUUGUUCUCAGAUUCUUGCUCAAGCACGAGGGAUUAUCAGUCUGCCGUUCGUUCUUAGCAUCGACCCAUUUCUCAAGAAAGAAUCAUCUUUUUCAACCCGCCGUCUUUGGUCAGAAAUUAAUUUGUGGUUGUUACUUUUUUUUUUUCCUCCAUGGCUGUUUAUGUCAUUAGUUUUGAAUGGGAAAUAUCUUCUGUGCCCUAAAACGGUGAUGCAGUGUGUGAGAGAGAUGGAGUAUUCAUUAUGUACAUAGCUAUAUGAAUAUUUGCCUUUCAGUCUUAAAUCUUUAGUUUAAAUAAUGGUAUUUAUUUUUGCACCUCACUAUUCAAUCUGGGUAAAGAAGUGAGGUUGUGUAAAAAUAUAUAUAUAUAUUUUCUGUCUGAUAAAGCGUGACAAGUUUCGUCGGAAGGGCGGUUGUGACAUGUUUUUGCAUGGAGGAAGCUGUAAUGGAAGGACAAAUGCAAUGUGUGAAACGAUACCAAGCUGAAAUGCACAGCUGAACUGUGAAAAGGGGUCAGAUUCCCUUUGAAUUUAUAUACCAGUGGCAGCCUAUUUUGGCUUUAAUACUCCUCCUAUUUUGUUAGGCUGAGGUGACAUUCUCACUGCCUGAGACCAAAGGAACCAUCAACGCUAACAUUUGUUCACAAUGUUUUUAUACUUGCACCUUACUGUACAUUUAAUCAGCACUGUGUUCUGAGUAUCUUAUGCCAUUUCACUGUGUUGCAUUUUAUGUAAAGCUGAAAGUUUUAAUGCACUUGUUACAGAUGAAAAUGAAAACAACUUGAUUUACUAGAAUUCAAAAUAUUCCAAAAAUGUAUGUGACUCAAAAAGAAAUUGAGUUGCUGUUUUAUGGUGAUGCUGUUUCGCUGAGAGCCUGCCUUGAUGGUAAACACAAACAUUCCUCUGUGUUUUAUUACCUGCUAUGUAGAUAGCUAAGUAGCUUUAUAAGCUUGCAGAAGAACAAUUGUUGGCUACUUAAAGAGAUUAGCCUUAUCUCCUAUGUUAAUACCUCAGAUUGUUUAGGGUCUUGAAAUAAAGAUCCACUGUCAAGAUA